ACAGUGUAUAUUAUAUAUGUUACCACGUUGCAAGUACUUUAUUAUUUGAAUAAAUUGGAUUUUGUGUAGAAAACUUUUUAAGUUGUAUUCUUGUCUUAUCAACAUGGGAGAAUAGAUGACAGCGAUGAUUUAUUUCGUCAAAACUUGUCGGGGGUGUACAUUGUCUUAUGUUCUAGUCGAUCAUUGGCUUAAAAACACGUUGUUUUGGCGUUUUUAUUCUAUUUCAGAGCUUCCGUGUUCAGCUCUAAUUGGUAGCUGGGAUACCCAGCGGAUAUUUCCUUCUAUUUUCGAUUUGGAAAGUCACCAUAAUGAACAAAACACCAAUAUCCAUACUGCAAGAAUAUCUGGUCCAACAGAAGAAGGCUUUGCCAACUUACACAGAUGAGAUAUCAGAUUUACCAGAAUAUAAUUUCAAAUGUACAGUUAGAUUUGAAAAUACAAUUGUGUCCGGCUAUGCUAAUGCAAAAAAAGAAGCGAAACAAAGGAGUGCCCAACUAGCCUUGCAAAAAAUGGGCCUUGUCAAUGGUUACAAUAAUACUGUAGAUUUCUUGAAGGAUAUUUCAAACAAGCCUAUGACUUCAACAAACAGAUGCCUUCCAUGUGAAAAUUUUAUUGGACAAUUGAACGAACUUGCUUCAGCUAAGGCAAAACCUUAUCCUAGCUAUGAGGAAGGUUUGGUGGCAAUUAAUGGACAGUUCUGGGUGAAAUGCCAAUUUUUAGAAUGGAAAUCCUUGGGUUAUGGAAACAAUAAAAAAAGUGCAAAACAGAAUGCUGCAAAAGGCAUGUUGGAAAUACUGAAAGACAAAACUAUUCCCAUAAAUUCAAGAGAAAACUUGUUGCUUAAUAGCGAGAAAAUGGAGAAUAUCAAUAAAUUAUGUGAAGCAGCACUCAGGAAAUAUAAAGAAUUAACAAUCGAAGAAAAACAAACUCCUAGUCCACAAACAAUUUUGCCGAAGCCUAAUUUGAGGCCUAAAGUUUUCUCACUGGAAGAAUUACAAAGCGAACUGAGACUUGAAGGGCACGAUAAUUCUAUAGAGACAUUCCAGAGGGACCCAUUUGUGAUGAUGCUCAAAAUAAAAGGAACCAAUUGCAGAAUAAUGGGUCAAGGAACUACUAAAGAGGAAGCAUGUGAAGACUUGCUUAAUUCUGCUGUCCUCAUGUUCAAUAAUGGAUUUUCAUUUGUGGCCAGUUCUUAACUGACAGAUAGAACUCGAAACAGUAGAGUUAGAGAUGUAGAAUGAAUCCAACAUAUCGGACCUGCAACUCUUCUCUACUCGUUUUAUCAACUGGUUGGUGUCAUCAGAAGAUUAACUAUAUCGGUAUAGUUGAACUAUAGGAGUAUAGUUCAUCUCCUGAUAACGCCACAUUUGUUGAUGCAAAGCGCGUCGAGAAAAGUACUGCAGUUGCGUUAUAUGGGACAAAUAUUUUCAAUGGAAACAGCUUUCAAUGUUACAAGUUAUGUUUUAUGUGAUUUUAAUAUGUUUCUGUAUAGUGAAGUUAUACAAAAUAUUCUAUUAGAAAAAAUAUUAAGAUGUAUAUGAUAAUUUAGAUAGUAUUUUUAGGUAUACAUAGUUUAUCGGUAAUCAAGAGUCGGGAAAGGAAUUUGUGGUUAUUUCAUAACAGAGUAACAUAUAUUUGCAAAAAAAAACAGUUCUAAUAAUGCUCAAUAUUAAUCUAUGAUUCAAAUUAACAUUUUAAGAAUAUUUCUUAAGAAUUGAAUAGCAUUUUAUACAGAAAAGUAAUCUUGAAAAAUAAGCUCUAGGUUACUCGUCGUACUAGUCACAAAUUCGCGCCGAAUUUUCAGGAGGUCAUUUGAUAUGUUUUGAAAAUGUUUGAUUUUUAUAGUUCGGACAUAAAAAAUUAGUUUUAGCUGUAUGCCGUCAGUAGUAGGUGGUGCACGUGAAAAUCUUAGAAAGGUGUAAACAAUAAUCCAAGUGGGGGAGUAAUUUGGCAAAAGACUUUCAUAAAUUUAGAUACUAAUUAUGAUAGGAUUCAACCAAAGGUCGCACACAAAAAUUGAAACAUUUUCAUUUUCGGAAAAGUGACCUCUAUCUGCUUAAGUGAUAAAUUCCUGUACGAUUUUCCUGAAAUUAGUUUUUUAUAUCAUGGACAUUUGCAUUGAACCAUAAUUCUAGGAUAGGGGUUUGAUUUUACAUUUACCAUCCAAUGAACUAACGAUUUUAUAUGUCAUGAUGAAUAAAAUGACUCGUUUUGAUAUGAAAAACAUAUCACAAAAGU